UCCUCUCUCUUCCCUAGAGGGCGCGGGGGGGGGGGGUGAAGUGGGGCAGAGUUGGCGCCCCCGGCAGAAGCGUCCAGAGGGCGCCCCCUAGUCAAGGGCUCCCCCCCUUUCCUCUCUCCGCCUCCCUGUAGGUGAUUCGAGGGAAAGUCUCUCACUCCCCAAGAAUCUUCCGGGGGGGGAUAUAUAAAGGUUUUAUGAGGGGUCCAGAGGCGAGGAAUGGGAGUCUGGUUGGGAACGAGGAGGGGGCAGGCUGCCCCCCAUCUGGAAACACCAAGGCCUCAGAGCAGCUCCUUCGUCUUGCUCCUGGGGGAGGCGGGGAGGGGUAACAGGACCCCCCCCCUUUCCUUGGGUAAAGCCAGGAGACCCGGCGAGGGGAAGCAGUCCCCCCCCCCCCGGAGACCCCUGGAAACUUACUCUUAGGGAGGGGACAAAGGAGGACCCCCCCUCUGCUGGGAGAAGCAGGAUCGCUCUCCAAAGAGGAGAACAAACAUGGUUCGCGGGUGAGGGGAGCUUUUUCUCCCCCCCCUUCAACGCCCGCCUUGUACCUCCCCUGUUUGCAUAACUUAAUAAUACCGAAAUAGAGACACGCAAGAUCGAUUCCCAAAAAUCCCACUGCAAACACGGUUAUGUCCCUGUGGAGAUGGCAGGAUCGAAUCGGUGGCUCAUGUCCCUCUUUACAAAGAUUGGAGGACCGAGGUUGUUACCCCUCCCGGUUGCGGUCUCCAUUCUCUUGGCAGAUCAAGAUGAACUGGUGACAGCAAAAGUUGCAAGGUUUUUAACCAGAAUUUGCCAGCACCUCUCGUUCAGACGGACAGAACUUAGAAGAGGACCAAGGGGUUCCUUCGGAUCUUUUGUGGACUUCCUGAGAGUGAAGAUGGAUGAGCAAGACUCAACUGCCCCUGGAGCAAGAAGAGGCCAGGGCAUUGAUAAUGGGAGCACUGGGGGAUUCUGGGAAAGCUCUGGGCAGAAGAGCCUGGGAGAGGAGGACACCCUUCGCUCAGAGGUCCAGAGCCACCAGUUCAGGCAGUUCUGCUUCCAGGAGGCCAAAGGACCCCGUGAGGUUUGCAGCCGACUCCACCACUUUUGCCACCAGUGGCUGAAGCCAGAAAGGUACACAAAAGCUGAGAUGCUGGACCUGGUGAUCUUGGAGCAGUUCUUGGCUGUCCUUCCACUGGAGAUGGAGAGCUGGGUGAGGGAAUGCGGAGCAGAAACCAGUUCUCAGGCAGUGGCCCUGGCUGAAGGUUUUCUCCUGAGUCAGGCAGAGGAGAGGAAUCAGAUGGAGAAGCAGGGAAAGGAUCUGUGUGCAGAAACGGGUCCUGAUUCCUCUGAGGCAGAGAGGACUUCGCUGGACACCAGAGAGAGGCCGCUGGGUGAAAGAAGGAUGCUGGCAAGACCUCCUCAUCCAUCUCUUCAUCAUCCUGGUGGAGGGGAAGCAGCGGCUGAGGAACCGGAUCAGGGUCCAGUUUGUUUUGAAGAUGUCGCUGUUUGUUUCACGGCUGAGGAGUGGGCGUUGCUGGAUCCUGCCCAGAGAGCUCUGCAUCAGGAAGUCAUGGAGGAGACUUGUAGGAUCAUGAACUCUCCCGGUAAGAUAAAAAAAUUCCUUCAGUAGCACCUUAAAGACCAACUAAGUUUUUAUUUUGGUAUGAGCUUUCGUGUGCAUGCACACUUCUUCAGAUACAGUGAAAUGGAAGUUUCCAGGCACUUCAGAUA